CCUUGUGAAAUUGCCUCCAUUUUAAAAAAUAAAGAAAAAGAUGGAAUUGCUUAUUCCUAAUGCAGAUAGGAAAACCUAGCAAACAAACAUCCCCUACUGGGUCAUGGAGAAGGAGAGUGGAGACAGAUGGAAGACUCGUGAUUCUCGUCCUAUCCUAUGGCCAUUGGAAUCUCUCUAAUGGAGAUAAUAAUAAAUAAAAGAAAAAGCUCUUCCUUAGCUCCCUCGCUUCCCUCCACAGCUAAGCACAAGGGGAUUUUAUGCUAAUUCCCAUAUUCUUAUUUCUAACCAAUACAAAUAUUCAAUUAAAACGAAAAAUCUCUCUCUCUCUCUCUGUCUGUGAAACGGCGAAAGGCAGAGACUUUGGUUUCAAAUGGUGAGGAUAAUACCAAUGGCUUCAUCAAUUCGACCUUCUCUCUCCUCAUUCAAGCUCUGUAAUACCACUGCUCGUUCUUCUCUUUCCGUCUCUCCCCUUCCUACUUAUCGCAGAUUCGCUUUUCUCGGCAGUGCUGUUCCUCAAUCACAGUUCUUUGGCUUGAAAGCUUCUAAACCUUGGAGAGGAGAGAGUAGCAACCUUGGGGUGGCUGCAGCUGGAAAUAUGGCACAAGCAAGCACAUUUGCCUCCCAAGAAAAUGCCCUAGAGUGGGUCAAAAAGGAUAAGAGAAGAAUGCUACAUGUUGUUUAUCAUGUUGGGGAUUUGGACAGAACUAUCAAAUUUUACACGGAGUGUCUAGGAAUGAAGCUGCUGCGGAAACGAGACAUACCGGACGAGAGAUAUACAAAUGCCUUUCUUGGAUAUGGACCAGAGGAUUCUCAUUUUGUCAUAGAACUCACAUACAAUUAUGGAGUUGACAAAUAUGAUAUUGGAAGUGGAUUUGGACAUUUUGGAAUAGCAGUUGAGGAUGUUGCAAAGACUGUGGAGCUUAUAAAGGCUAAAGGUGGCAAAGUAACUAGAGAACCUGGUCCUGUUAAAGGUGGCAGCACAGUUAUUGCAUUUAUUGAAGAUCCUGAUGGUUAUAAGUUUGAACUUUUGGAAAGGGGUCCUACACCUGAGCCCCUUUGUCAGGUUAUGCUUCGUGUUGGAGAUCUUGAUCGUUCUAUAAGUUUUUAUGAGAAGGGUUUUGGCAUGGAGCUUCUUCGCAAACGGGAUAAUCCAGAGUACAAGUAUACCAUAGCAAUGAUGGGUUAUGGUCCUGAAGAUAAAAGUGCUGUGUUGGAGUUGACAUACAACUAUGGGGUCACUGCAUAUGACAAAGGAAAUGCUUAUGCUCAGAUUGCGAUAGGCACGGAUGAUGUCUAUAAAACUGCAGAAGCAAUCAAACUGUUUGGUGGGAAAAUAACCCGGGAACCAGGACCAUUACCUGGCAUCAACACCAAGAUAACUGCAUGCUUAGAUCCUGAUGGUUGGAAGACGGUUUUUGUAGACAAUAUUGACUUUCUCAAGGAAUUUGAGUGAGUUUUUAGAGGAGCAUCUACAUACCAAGCACCCAAACCUAGAAUUAAAAUAUUGUGCCCAAAUGAUCAUCAAAAUUUAUUACCUGUGAGAUAAUGAUCAGAUCCCAUUUUGUAGAUAAAAGUUACAGCCUCUUUCACAAUGACCAUAGCAAUAAAAUCUAGUCGGGAGCUCGCAGCAGUGAAGGGAAUUAGAGAUAAUAGUGUAUCUGUUAAAUUAUGGUUCUUCAUUUUCUUUAAUGAGAAAUUUAUUCUUGCAAAAAGUUUAUGAUUCAGCAGCUUAUUUGGAGCAGCUCUGUGAGCAUGCAUAAUGAAAUCUAAAAAUUUGUAUGGUAAUUAACAAGUUCAUUUUCUGGCAA